GCACUGCGAAAGCCGGCUGAGCUGGGUUUCAGUGCUCGGUGCGCGGUGGCGGAGAGCGAGGCCUGGUGAGCACCGCCGCGGCGCUGGCUGCCUCUUAAAGGCUUCGCACAGAAGAGGUCGGGCGGACGGCCCCACGAACGGCUCACCUCCGCAGCGGCACCGGGAUCGGCUGCCUUGAGGCUGCAAUCAUGACCACCCCAGGAAAAGAGAACUUUCGCCUGAAAAGUUACAAGAACAAGUCUCUGAAUCCUGAUGAAAUGCGUAGAAGAAGGGAGGAAGAAGGACUUCAGUUACGGAAGCAGAAAAGAGAAGAACAGUUAUUCAAGCGAAGAAAUGUUGCUACAGCAGAAGAAGAAAGUGAGGAAGUUAUGGCAGAUGGAGGUUUCCAUGAGGCACAGAUUAAUAACAUGGAAAUGGCACCUGGUGGUGUUAUUACUUCUGACAUGAUUGAAAUGAUAUUUUCCAAUAGCCCAGAGCAACAGCUUUCAGCAACACAGAAAUUCCGAAAACUGCUUUCAAAAGAACCUAACCCUCCUAUUGAUGAAGUGAUCAGCACACCAGGAGUUGUGGCCAGGUUUGUGGAGUUUCUCAAACGGAAAGAGAAUUGUACACUGCAGUUCGAAUCAGCUUGGGUACUGACAAAUAUUGCGUCAGGAAAUUCUCUUCAGACCCGCAUUGUCAUUCAGGCAGGAGCUGUGCCUAUCUUCAUAGAAUUGCUCAGCUCUGAGUUUGAAGAUGUCCAGGAACAGGCAGUCUGGGCUCUUGGCAACAUUGCUGGAGAUAGUACCAUGUGCAGGGACUAUGUCUUAGACUGCAAUAUCCUUCCCCCUCUGCUGCAGUUAUUUUCGAAGCAAAACCGCUUGACCAUGACCCGGAAUGCAGUAUGGGCAUUGUCUAACCUCUGUAGAGGAAAAAAUCCACCUCCAGAAUUUGCAAAGGUUUCCCCCUGUCUGAAUGUACUUUCCUGGUUGUUAUUUGUCAAUGACACUGAUGUAUUGGCUGAUGCCUGCUGGGCUCUCUCAUAUCUGUCAGAUGGACCCAAUGAUAAAAUUCAAGCGGUCAUUGAUGCAGGAGUCUGCAGGAGACUUGUGGAGCUUCUCAUGCAUAAUGAUUAUAAAGUGGUGUCUCCUGCUUUGCGAGCUGUAGGUAACAUCGUCACAGGGGAUGAUAUUCAGACACAGGUAAUAUUGAAUUGCUCAGCUCUGCAAAGUUUAUUGCAUUUGCUGAGUAGCCCAAAGGAAUCUAUCAAAAAGGAAGCAUGUUGGACAAUAUCUAAUAUCACAGCUGGAAAUAGGGCACAGAUCCAGACUGUGAUAGAUGCCAACAUUUUCCCAGCCCUCAUUAAUAUAUUACAAACUGCUGAGUUUCGUACAAGGAAGGAAGCAGCUUGGGCCAUCACGAAUGCAACUUCUGGAGGAUCAGCUGAACAGAUCAAGUACCUUGUAGAACUGGGUUGUAUCAAGCCACUCUGUGAUCUCCUCACAGUCAUGGACUCUAAGAUUGUACAAGUUGCCCUAAAUGGCUUAGAAAAUAUACUGAGGCUUGGAGAACAAGAAGCCAAAAGGAAUGGCAAUGGCAUUAACCCUUAUUGUGCAUUGAUUGAAGAAGCUUAUGGUCUGGAUAAAAUUGAGUUCUUACAGAGUCAUGAAAACCAGGAAAUUUACCAGAAGGCCUUUGAUCUCAUUGAGCAUUACUUCGGGACUGAAGAUGAAGACAGCAACAUUGCACCCCAGGUGGAUCUUAGCCAGCAACAGUACAUCUUCCAGCAGUGUGAGGCUCCUAUGGAUGGUUUCCAGCUUUGAAGCAGCACUCUGCUGUCAUGUUCCUGUGUCAGACCAGGCGACCCGGUCGAGUCCUCUUGUGGAGCCCACAGUCCUCAUGGAGCUAACUUCUCAAAUGUUUUCCAUAAUACUGUUUGCGCUCAUUUGCUUGCCUUGCGCACCUGCUCUCUUACACACAUCUGGAAAACCUCUGGCUCUCUGUGGUGGCAUACCCGGCCCACUCUCUUAGGGAAAAUCCCUAGGCUUUGGAGAUCUGCAGUUAUAUAAGAGUCAUGGGGAUAUUAAUAUGGCUCCCUUUAUUGUGGGGGAAAAGAGAGGACUCCUCAUUCCCUAAGUGGGGAAAAUAAUGACAAUAAAAAAAUGAAACUAAACCUUUAUCUUGAAUCUCACACAACUACUUGCAGCAAGAGAGAUGUUUAGACUUGUGUAUAUUUCAGAGUACUUUUCAUGAGUUCUUCCACAGUGAAUCGUUGGAUUACCUGGUGGCUUUUUCCACCCAGAUUUGCAUUAUUCCUUCCUGAGAUUGGAUGGUUUUCUUUCCUCUCUUGGCGCCAUUCUUCACAGAUAAUUGAAGUUAAACCAUCCACUCCCUCACCUUCAGCCUUCAGUGAAUGUGCUUUCUAGUUGUCAGGAAUGCUGAAGAAUUUAACACUUGGAUUCUUAAAUGUGAUACUGGUUUGCAGAUUCCCCUAGAGCAGAAAAGAGAGGGGCAUAUGUUAAUUUGUAUUGCUUUGCUUCUCUUUGGUCUUAUGUGUCUUGGAAUUUGGAAGUGAUUCAGUUCUCAUGCUGGUAUGAAGAUUUAGAAUCCUUAGUAAUCAAAAACACUAUCCUGUAAUUAAAUUUUAAAAACUUUCAAGUUUCAGAAACUUCAGUCUCCCCAAACUCAGCCAGUGUGAAUAGAGGCUGUGUUUCUUCAUUAAAGCAGAUGUUUCAGGCUUUGUGGUCCUGAUCAAGGUCCU